AUGCAUGAAUACAGGAUCAACAAUCCUCCUCCUCCAACGGGUGACAAUGACAUGAGAUUAGAUGACUGGGUCUUAUGCAGGAUGUAUAAGAAAAUAAAUAAAGCACGUACUCAAGAAGAGGAAGAGGAAGUGAGGGUAGGUGAAUCGGCCAGUACCACAGCUUUGCCGAAUAAUAUUGGUGAGGAGGAGGAAGUGAGGGCAGGUGAAUCUGGUGCUACAACAGCUUUGUCCAAUAAUGGUGCCCAGCCCGGAGCAGUACUCCCAAGUCCCAACGACGGAUUGAACUCCGAUCCAUUACAACUUCCGCCAUUGUCUAUAAAUAAAUAA